AAGUUUAGACAAGUUUUCCCCUCCCUUCCCGCCCGUCCACCACAGAUCACCAUGGACGAGAGGCACUGGUGGAUCGCUACGAAGAUCCAGGAAAGUUUCCACAUCGGUGGCUUCGACAAUCCCACCCUACUGGAGGAUUUUCUUUGCGAACCUCGAACUCUGGAACUCAUCAACCAGUUCCUAAACCCAAAUGGCCCGGCCAAGAUAUUCUGCUGUUGCGACAAACCACAACAAGGGACGCUGUCUACUCGCGAUUUAUUCAUCACGACUUCUCUGGCUAAUCUAAAGGUCAGUGUAGAAAACACCCUGAUCUUGUACUUCCUUCGACUGAACACCAACAAAGAAGUUGACCCCGUACGGAUGGAGAGAGAUAUUUUCUGCGGGGAGUUGAAGCAAAGCGCGGCGGAAAAUUUGACUCUUCUGUUGUCCCACGUCUUCUUGCCGGUUUUGCGGGCUCAGAAAGACUGGGGACAGUGUAGCGACGAGCAGGCGUCACAGUGUGUCCACAACUUGGAGAAAUAUCUCGGGGUUUUGUCUGAAUACGGAGCCUCAACUUCAGCGACGCAACAGUUGUUGAAGAAACCUGAGAUCUUGGUGAGCAGCGACUUCAAGCAGUAUCGAGCCGCUGCGUUUGACGAGACGAUCGUGGGAGAGUACGAGACCCUGGUGUCUGACUGGAUCCUGACCAUAGACAGUAUCCUGGCAGACGGGACUGCUGAGGAGAGAUUGAUGGAUAUGAACGCAGGUCCACUGACGGAGUUGGAAAGAUGGCGUAGGCGACAAAGGACGCUGAACAACAUCACGGAACAACUCAAGAGCAAAGACUGCAAAAACGUCAUCGGCAUCCUUAUCACAGCCAAGUCCAAGCUGCUCAAGAAGUGGAAGACCAUCGACGCAUGUAUCACUGACGCAGCGAAUGAAACCAAAGACAAGGUGAAGUAUCUGGAGUCUGUCCGUAAGCACCUGGAGCAGCUGUACCAUGACAGCACACCUGUUACUGUCCUGAACGUGGCGCUGCCCGGGCUGACCAGCAGUGUGAGACAGAUGGACUCCAUCUCCAGGUUCUACGCACGCAGUGGGUACCUGGGACUGCUCUUCAGUAAGGUGACAAACCAGCUGGUGCAUGUGUGUAAGGAUUACAUCCGAGCAGAGGCCCAGCCACAUGAACAUGAGGACCUGUUGUGGGAGAAAGUACACACAGAAGUACAGGAGGGGCCAGGCCAUAUCACUUCUCCUCAUGGAGGUGCAAAGAAGAAGAAAGGAGCCAAAGACUCGGGGCUGAUUGUACCUGAUGAUGAGAAGCUGUGUGAGAGACUGAACGUGUGUCUGACCCUGUACUCUCACUACAAGGACUCGCUCAGAAGUAUCAGAGAUGGCCUGGGAGGAACCCACGCCCUGUCACACUUUCCGUCCAUGAGUUCGCUGCACUCUCACCGCUCCCACUCCCAGGUGGGCCGCCGCUCCAUCGGGGGUCCGUCUCGCAGCCGCAUGUCCAACCUGCAGCCCAGCGUCUCCUCCAAGAAGGCACCAUCAGUUACAUCCAGCUCCGAUGAGGGCCCCCAUGGGAUCUCCUUCACUGAUGAAGACACCAUCCUUCAGCACCUGGACACAUUCUGCCAGAGGCUCAGACAGUUUCUGGAAGUCAUCGAUACUCUCAAACAGUUCCACAGUCUGAAGGAGAAGUGUCGUGGCCUGCCACGUCCAAGAAGAGAAGACCUGAUAGGGGAAGAUGAAGAUGACAGAGAGAGCAAUGCAGAUGCUAUAUCAGUAGCAAAACCCCCUCCAGACCCCAUGGGACCCCCUGAGAACCCUCCAUCCCCCAUGAAGACCCUCAUGGUGCCCAGCGCCCAUGGGAUGAUGCCUGUGUUGGAGGAGGAAGAGCCAAUGAGCAUGCCCGGCUCCAGAAUGGCGCUGAAUAACGUGGACUCCCCCGGGCACGGACACGAGGCUAGUGAGGCCAUGUCUCUCAACGCUGCUGACGAGAUCCAUGAACUAAACACACAGUCUAGAGCUGUGUCUAAACAAGCCGCUCAUCAUCUGGCUCGUCUCUAUGCUCGACACGAGGGAGAGGAGGAUGGACCCAGCAUCUCACACAUCAUACAGAUGUACCUGGAGCAGAUGACAGACAACUUCGCUCAGGUGGUCAGCACUGGAGUUCUACUGGACGUGGAGGGCAAAGACAAGGACAGGUUUGAGGAGGCCCACCAACAGUUCCAGGAGACUGCCCAGCUGUUAGACUCCAUGAUGUGUGCGUACCUACAGGCCAUCUUCCAGAGGAAGAUGCAGACUAACGAAUGUAUCAACAUCUUGCAGAGGUUUUCCCCAGUUGGAGCCCGUCAGGGAAUCCGAGCCACCAUAGCUGAGAAAUACGUGGAGACUUUCCAGCACUACGAACUUGACCUGGAGCAUGUUCAGCAGAUGUACGAACGAGAAAAGGAGGAUCCCCCCAUUCCCAGGAAUGCUCCCCCUGUAGCAGGGUCCAUUUUCUGGUGUCGGAAGUUACUGACGGCCAUCGAGGAUCCAAUGAAAGUGUUCCGGGAUACCAAGGCCAUCACUCAUCUCAAGGACUUCCAGAGAGUGGUCAAACUGUACAACAGGAUCGCUACCACACUGGUGACGUUUGAGACACUGUGGCUGCAGCAGUGGAAAGCCUACAUUGACGGAGCCAAGAACGGACUGAAGGCCAUGCUGCUGGUGCACCAUCCACAGACAGGGGAGAUCCUGGUUAACGCUGAUGAAAGAAUUCUGCAGCUGAUCCAGGAGUCCAGGUGGAUGGUCAGGCUGGGCAUCCCCAUGCCUGAAUCUGUGCAGGACAUCGUAGCACAGGAACAUCGGUUCAAGAGCUACAAGAUGCACCUGGAGCAGUGUCUGCAUGAGUACAGGGAGGUGUGUGCUAAGAUCCCCCCACCCAUGAAGCAGCUGUUCCUGGUCCACACAGAGGCAACUCUGCACUUCUUCCAGCCUGGCCUCACCACUCUGACCUGGAACAGUAUGAACAUCGAUGCCUUCCUACACACUGUUCACUCUGCCAUUGCUCGGUUGGACGGCAUAGUCCAGCAUGUCAUCAACAUUGUAGAGGAGAAGGUGCAGGGCACAGUCGACAUUGUCAGCAGUAUGGUGCUGUUUGACAUGGAGCUAGCAUUCAGCAAAGCCUGGCCCCCUGGUGAGUUUGGAGAAGCCAUACUACAGAGUGUAGAAGAGAAGGGACAGGAACUGCUGGACUUUGUGAAUGAAGUGGAGAGCGCCAUCUUUGAGAUUGUCUCCUUCCUCAUGUCCAACAAGGUUGGCUCCCCUUCCCAGUCUCCCAUAGAGUCGCGUGUGUCCACGGCACCUUCCCAUCGCCCGGGGCGGGGCAGUAAGGCGGCCAGUCACCGUGACACGCCCAUGACCCUGCAGACGCUGAGCGAGGUGACCGAGGAUCUGGUGGUCAACGAACUACUAGAGCACUACUGUCAGAAGGUUUACGACGCUGUCCUGUCUGCCACAUCGCGCUCGCUGGCAGCGCUGGCGGAGGCAUCAGGCUGUGAGGGGGAGAGUCUGCAGCAGACCCUGGCCAGGGGAAGUCCCCGCAGCACGCCCAGCCGCACCAGCACAGGAGUUUCCUCACGAUCAGGACUCUCCAUGUCAUGGACCAGUCCUGAGGCAGAGGAGGUCACCUUCCUCAGGUUUGAAGUGGUGGUGAAGUUCAACAUCCCCAACACAGUCAUCGAACCCCCGCUGGCAGCUGCACAGGAAGCUGUCAAUCAAGUAGCCAGUGCCAUCAUGGACAUCUCCAACGGUAUAAACUGGUGGACCAGUGAAGGCAGUGAGACAUUCCACGCCACCAUCUCGGAAGAGCCAUACCUCAAUGACCUCAUGCACCAACUCUUCUCUGUCAUCGAAAAUCUGCAGAAGGCGGUGGACCGUCACAUCUUCCACUUCAAGCUGUACGACUUCCUGUGGAAGGACGACAUGCACACACAGUUCUACGAGUUCAUCUCUGCUGACCCUGGAACCAGAGCUAUCAAGAGAGAGGUUGAGAGGCUGUUGAACAUAGAGCAGAAGGUACUGGACAUCCCCCUAGUCCUGCCUGUUGGUCCCAUCUGUUUGCUGACCUGCCCUAUCAGAGAUGCCCUGCAUGGAUUCAGUAUAGCCUGGAAAACCAAGUAUGCUCAAGUGCUGCAUGAGGAUGCAAAGAAAAUGCUAGACACCGCCAUCCUGUACCGGUCCAAUGUUCUGAACCGCCUGUCGCUGGACGUGAAGACCCUGGACCAGCUGAACUCUGCCCUGAACCUGCUACAGGAGCUACAGGACAUGGAGAACAAGAUAGACGACAUCUACCUGCCCAUAGAAACCAUGUAUGAAAACCUCAGGGAGUACAAGCUGAGGCUACCCAGGAAUGAGGUACAGGAGGUGGAACAGUUGAGAGAGAAAUGGCAGGAACUGAUCGAGCUGUCUGAACAGGUUCGAUAUAAGCUGCUGAAAGAACAAAGAGGAGCAUUUGAGCAGGAGCUGGACAAACAAGUCAAGAACUUUGUAGUUGAGGUGAUCCAGUUCAGGAACAGUUUUGACGCCCAGGGUCCGGCCGUGCCCGGGGUACGGCCAGAAGAAGCCGUGAUGCGACUGCGGGACUUCCAGGAGAGGUUUGCGCUGUACGACGCCAAACGCCGGACACUGGACUCCGUGUCCCGCCUGUUUGGUAUCGUGCCCAAACCUUUCCCAGAGUUGGACAAAACAGGAGAGGAACUGGACCUGCUGGGUCUACUGUAUGGACUGUUCCAGAAGUUCAUUGCUUUUGACAACAUCUUCAGAGAACGACUUUGGGCAGAAGUGGACCUGGAACAGGCUAACAAGGAGGUGGAGGAGUAUUGGGAGGAAUGUUUGGCCCUACCAGACAAGCUGAAGGACUGGGAGGCUUAUCAAGAGAUGAAAAACUCCAUCAAAAUCUACCUGGAUGUUUUCCCACUCCUGCACAGGCUGGCUACCAAGGAAAUCCGUAACCGCCACUGGCUGCAGGUCAUGUCUGUAACAGGUAGCUCCUUCCCACUGGAGGCACAGGCCUUCAAACUCUACCAUCUGUUGGACAUUGGGCUCAUACAGCAUCAUGAUGAGAUCCAUGAAAUCUGUAAGGCUGCCAGCAUUGAACUAGAACUGGAGAUCAAGAUGAGGACUAUCGAGGAAGAGUGGACUGAACAGGUCCUGACCUUUGAACCCUAUAAGAAGCGUGGAGCCAUCUACCUGGCGAAGGACGAGUCGGAGCGACUGUUGGAGCAGCUGGAGGAUGCCCAGGCCCUGCUGGCCACCAUGCUCACAUCCAAACACAUCGGGCCGCUCAGGGAGGAGGCAGCCUCAUGGGCCGAGAAACUCAAGGGUGUGAGUGAGGUCCUUGAGACAUGGCUGGAGGUGCAGGACCUGUGGCAGUACCUGGAGGCUGUGUUCAGUAACAGUGCCGCAGCCAAGGAACUCCCACAGGAGGCCAAGAGGUUCAUCCGCAUCGACAAGAGCUGGAUCAAACUCAUGAGGAAAACCUACGACACCAGAAAUGUGCUACAGUGUUGUUACGGAGGUGAGAUUCCGAAGGGUGUCGUGCUGCGACACUUCCGUGAGGAUCUGGAGGUGUGUUUCAAGUCUCUGACGUCGUACCUGGACAACAAGAGGAAGGCGUUCCCCCGGUUCUUCUUCCUGUCUGACCCUGUCCUGCUGUCCAUGCUGAGCCGGCCGUACGACCUGGAGUCUGUCAGACCUCAUUUGAAGUCUAUAUUCAGCUAUGUAAGUGAUGUAAAACUGGAGAAGACUGAAGACACGCUGAGUUCUAUCGGAGAGAAGACUCCUGUCCCUUCCUUCGCGGACUACAGACGUCCCGGGGCUGCCCCGGUCCCCCGGGCAGGGGCCACCACCCCGCGGGGCCUUAACCUACCCCCCGUGGAGAGGUUUCCUGGACCCAUGUCGUCUGAAGCCUUUAAAAGAUCGGAGCGCUCAGGCAGUAUCCAUCUAUCUGAGAGUAACGUUGAUGAGACCAGUGAGCUGUGGCAGGCCGCUACAGUCGUGUCUCCUGAGGGAGAACAGUUGGAGCUGGACGAAGAGGUGACUCUGACAGAUGGAGUGGAGACGUGGCUACAGAGCCUCCAUCAGUCCAUCCACAGAACCAUCGCCAAAAGCAUCUCACGGAUUGUACGGGACAUCGGGUUAGGAGUGGCCAUGGAGGAGUGGGCAUUCAAGUACCCAGCCCAAGUAGCUCGCCUGGGUCUCCUGUACUACUGGACGAAGGAGUGCGAGCUCGCCGUGUCGGAGCUGAAGUAUGAACGUAAGGCCAUCCCCAACGCAAGCAAGAAGUUCAGCACAGUCAUCAACCGUCUGCCCACCUGCCUGACCAGGGGAGCCUGGAAGGGCCUGGACGAACCUUUCCUACCCAUACACAAACUCAGGCUGCAGAACAUGAUCACUUACUCUCUGUACCUGAGGGACACCCUGGAGAGUCUGGGAAACAGAAAACUGAGAGAUGUGACCGACUUUGAGUGGAGGAGGAACAUCCGCUUCUACAUGCACGAAUCAGGAGAAGGUUCAGGGAACCACCAGCUGUGCAUCCUGGAUGGCCGUUAUGAGUACGGGUGUGAGUUUCUGGGUGGACACCUGCCGCUGGCCAUGACUGCACUGACUGAGAGAUGCUUCCUCACUAUGUCACAGGCCCUGACCCAGUUGAAAGGCAGUGCAGUGGUUGGUGGAACAGGAGUUGGCAAGACUGAGACAGUCAAGGGUUUGGCGUACCUCCUGGGCAGGUACAUGGCCGUGUUUGCCUGUCUGCCACAGAUGGACACUGCUGCACUGGGCAAGAUCAUCCAGGGACUGGCAGCUGAUGGCAGUUGGGGCCUGUUUGAUAACUUCCAUAACCUGAACCGCUCGGGUGUGGGAGUCCUGUUGGAGCAUGCCCAGAGCAUCUACACUGCACUCAGGGCCAAUAAGAGCACCUGUCAUCUGGCUGAUGGACAAGAGGUGCCAGUCGACCCAUAUGUUGCGACCUUCAUCACCAUCAACAAGGACGUGUCGCGUGGGUUCCAGCUGCCGCAGGAGAUCCGUGCCCUGUACCGUAACGUCUCGCUGGUGCUGCCCGACCUGGGCCUCAUCCUCCGCGGGAAAGUUGCAGGGCUGGGCUUCAAGUCUCCCAAGGUUCUGGCAGACAGACUCAAACUGAUGGCUGACCUGUGCAGGGAUCAACUGCCUAAGGAACACCAUCACCACUUCAGCCUGGCAGCUCUGACUGGUGUUAUCAGCCAUGCCUACAAGAAGAAGAAGAACCUGAAAGAGGAGAAACAGGCGGCCAUGGAGACCAUGUCACAAAUCUCACGCUCCAACAGUGUCAUCUCAGUGGCUAUCGGAUCCCAGGCUGGCUUCAGCCAGACAAGCCCCAUAGCUACCACCCCGCCCCAACGGCAGGCAUCAGCAGGUCUCAGUGAUCCCAGUCCCAUGAGUCCGUCUCCCAGUAUCAACGUGAAGAUUGGUGAACGCACCAGGAAGGCAGGGAACCCCAACAUGCUCACCCCUGCUGCCAAAGUGGAACAUUCCAUGGUGUCAGAUGCCCUUCAGGAAUGCAUUGCACCAAGGCUGAGGGGGCAGGACUUGGUGACCUUCACCGGUAUCCUGAAGGACACGUUUGCAGGCCUGCCUGACACGGAGCUGACCCGACAGUUCAGCCUGGGGGUGGAGCCUGCCAUGGUACAGAAGGCCCAGGAGAAGGGACUGAUACCGCACGUACCCUGGAUCAGCAAGUGUAUGAGUCUGUAUGCACUGUCACAGGUCCACAAAGGUAUCAUAGUUGCUGGCUCGCCUGCCUCGGGCAAGUCGUCCUGUAUCGCCACCCUAGUGGAGGCUCUGUCCUCCAUCUCCGCCCCCACCCCCAGCACACACAGCCACGGGAAGUCUGCCAUGGGCACGUCACACAAGCUGCUGCGCCUCAACCCGCUGGUCGUCGAUGACUACGGGCUGGUGUUUGGCCACCUGAACCAGAAUCAUGACUGGGUGGACGGGAUCUUCACACACGCAUGGAAGAAGGCCUGCAGGAACAAGAGCACCACCUGGCUGUGUUUGGAUGGACCACUCAAUGCUGGCUGGGCUGACAACUUCAGCAGUGUUCUGGACAAUGACAACACCUUCCAUCUUCCAAACGGAGACCGACUGCCUCUGUCAGAUAAUGUCCGACUUCUCUUUGAGACAACUGAGCUGAAGUUCGCGUCCCCUGCUACCAUCUCCAGGGCUAACCUCCAGAGGGCUUUCAACAAGACAUUGGAUGCAGUUUCCAACUUUGUCAUCAAUGAAGCAAAGACCAAGGUGCCGGUGUGUGAGGUGGGGAUGUUCCAGAACUGUCUGAACCUGCUGAAGGCCAUGUUGGACGACAAUGUUGAGAUCGGCGGGGAGCUUCACGUGGAGAGGCUGUACCUGUUCUGCCUUAUAUGGACGUUUGGAGGGCUGCUGCAGGGAACUGACAGACAGGCCUUCAGUAACCUUCUCACCAGCCUCACAUCAGCGUUGCCAGACUAUGACCAUGAGAUCUCUGUGUUUGACUACUAUGUAGAUGAGUCAGGAGAAUGGGACCCAUGGACAUCAAGGGUACAAGAGGAUACCUACCCCGACAAUGCCAACAUUUCUGGAGAGGUGUUUGUGGAGACCGUUGAUACAAUCCGUUGCCAGGUGCUGAUGGACUAUGCCCUGUCCUCAGGACAGAAUGUCCUCCUGGUGGGGCCACCAGGGUCGGGAAAGACUUCCCUCAUUAACGACCUCAUUGACACCCAAGACCCUGCCACACACAUAGUGAAGAGACUGGUGUGGUCGUCUGCCUCUCAAGCCUCACAACUGCAGACAUUUGUGGAGGCCAACAUCCAUCACAGACAAGGGUUUGUCUAUGGAGCAAAGGACUACAAAGGCUUCCAGAUAUUCAUUGAUGACAUCAACAUGCCUGCAAGGGAUGAGUUUGGGGUGCAGAGGGUGAAUGAGAAUCUAAGAGAACUCCUGGACCACCACAUCUUACUGAAGCUGCAGAAGCCGUUUGAAUGGCGGACUGUGGAGGGUCUGUCUGUGCUGGCUGCACUCACGCUGCACGAGUACCCUUCUACAUCCACACAGCUGCUGUCUGAGAGACUCAUCAGACACUUCUCUGUGAUUCAUCUACCAGCACCACAAGGACAGGACCUGGAGAGUGUGGUCAACUCCAUGCUUGAGGCCAACAUGAGUUUUGACGGCCAAGGUUUAGACACAGAGCUGCACACCAGUCUGACAGCAGCAUCCUGUGAGUUACUGACAAGUGUUCAGGACGUCCUGAGGCCAUCACCCAUGCCUGGCAGACAGCACUACAUGUUCACUCUCAGGAACAUCGCCAAGGCCUUCCAGUGUAUGAAGCGUCUGACGUCAGAGAGCCGUGCAGAUGAGAAGAUGGUGGUGGGACUGUGGAGACACGAGGUCUGGCACAUCAUGGAGAACUCCAUCUGUAGGAAGUCUGACCAGAACUGGUUCAACCACAACCUCCAGGAAAUACUCAAGAAGCAUUUUCCAGACAUUGAAGAGGAGACCCUCCCUCCCCACUUUGUGACUUUCCCUAUUGAUGGCCGGGCCUACCAGCGACCUGUCACCACCAUGUCUACAGACAAGAAAAUAAGGGUGGCGCUGCAGCCCAUUGUCAGCAUGAAGGAGGUACAGGAGACGCUAGCCUCCCAUCUGGUGUCCUACAACGAGCGGUUCCGUAACGAGCAGCUGGACGUGCUGCUGUGUGAAUACGUGUUCCAGCACAUCGCUCGCGUGCACAGGGUCCUCAGCUUCCAGAAUGGGGGUAACCUGCUGAUGAUUGGAGCCAUUGGUAGCCAUCUGGUUACCAUGGUGAAGCUCGCCCUCCACAUCGCUGACGUGGACAUGUACCACGUGGACUGUUCGCGUGCAAACACGUUCUUUGACGGCCUGCGGUCAGCAGUCAGAAUGACGGGCAGUGAGGGGAAGAUGUUGACGCUUCUCUUUACAGCCAAAGACCUUCAUGAUGAAUCCUACCUGGAUGCGAUCAACAGUCUGCUGGUGUGUGGGGAGUACCCACCACUCUUCAGUAAUGAUGAACUGGAGGGGUUACUACAGGUGCUUGGUCCAGUCAUGAAGAAGGCAUACGCACACCUCAUGUCCAACCCUAUGAAGUUCUUUGUGUCUCGAGUCAAGUCCAACUUGAAGAUCGUCAUCUGUCUACCGCCCAAGCACUGGUUACUCCGGGUAGCUGCCAGCCAGUACCCAGGCCUGCUGACCAGUUGCCAGGUGAACUGGGUGUGUGCCUGGACACAGGAGUGUCUGCUGGACAAGGCAAACUACUUCGUGGAGAAGUACAACCUGGUGGCUGAUAAUCCAGAGAUGAGGGACAAGCUGGUGACAGUGAUGGCAAACAUCCACAGCUACGUCCUGCAGGACUGUCGACAGAUCCCCUGGGCAGGUAACGUGGAGGAGACAGUCAGUCUCACCAUGUGUAAACGGGACAACAAGAAGGACCAGUACAAGACACAGAUCAUGGAGCUGCCCAACCUGCCAUAUUCCAAGUCCAUCAUGCAUGAAAGGAUCCUGCUGCAGCACAAGGGUGUUGGUAAGGUCAGCCACCGCAGUAUCCCCAUGGGUCCCACCCUCUACAGACGCUUCAUGGAGUGUUUCCUUUACGUUCUAUCCACCAAGACGGCACAGCAGAACGCUAACAUCACAAGGCUCAAGAAAGCCCUGUCCACCCUGUCCCAGACCAGGGAAGAUGCCAAGCUGAUGGAGGAGAAGAUCAAGGUUGUGCAGGCUGACUAUGAGGAGGCUCAGAAGAAGACUGCUGGGCUGCUCAGGCAGCUGACAGGAAAGGCCACCACCCUGGAGAAGCUGAAGGCCCAGCUGGGAGGAGAGGGGAGUCUGGGGGCUUACCUACAGCUGAACGAGGUGUCCAGUGAAGACGAGGAGGAAGAUGAUCUGCUCAAACAAGAUGACAUAGGGGAGGACAGUGAUGCUAUAGAGAUGCUGAUGGCAUCGUACAUACGGUCCACUCGGGUUAUGGAGGAGUACAGCACCAUCAAGCACAGACAGUUCCGCGCCCACUGGAAGUCUCACGACAGAGAUGAGUAUGAUGAUGAGUUUGAUCGGAUGCGGAAGGAGAACAUGAAGUCCAGGAAACUGCAGGUUGUGGAGGAACUUGCUGCUGCCAAGAAGGCGGUGGAGGAUGCUAAGAAAGCCUUGGAGGGGUCCAGGAAGAAGGUGUUACAGUGGCGUGACAGCGUAAGCCGACAGUGCGUGGAACGGAUCCGAGCCUUCCAGAACCCUCCCGUCCUCGUGGCACUGGUCAUGGACAUGAUGAUGACCCUGCUGGGUCGUCGGAAGAUACCAAAACAAGACACGGGGGAGGAGAAGGAAGGGAAGAACUCACAGACUGACAGGACAUCAAGUGCCUCUAGUCUGUCCUUCAAACCUCUAGUGAAGCGAGAAACUAAGAGGCAGAUGGAUUCUUCACGACGUGGUUCCACUGGUACCAAAGAUGGUGAUAAGGUCGACCGUAAUGAGUGGAAGAAGCUCCAACAUGCCAUGAGUGACUCUGUCAAGUUUGUAGAGAUGGUUCACCGCGUGCCGUGGCAAGAUGGCCUUCACCCUGACGUACUAGCAGCUGUGCAGGGUUACCUUGCAUCAGGGAAGAAUGGAGAUGCAGGUCCUACAGGAGAAGGCAGUCUGCUGGAGGCUGGUAUGAGUGCCUCAACCUUAGUGUCCCCCCGUCGGUCCGGAGGUGCGUCUCCCCCAGGUCUUACCAUCGCAGGUGUGCGGUACAGUUCUGAGGACGCAGCAGUCCUACUGCAGUACACAAUUGCUAUUGUGGAGUACACCCAGCUGUGUGGACCCCUGCAGAUAGCCAAGGAACGGCUACAGAACCUGCAGGAUGAGAUAGAGGAGUCAGAGAGGCUGGAGAAGGAGCAGGAAGUAGAGGAGCCUGAGGACCCCCAGAUCAGCCUGUUGGACCAUGUAGAGGAGGAGGAGGAAGAGUUAGGACCUAACGACCUGCCCAUUGUCCAGGGGGAGGUGGACAGGCUGCAGGAGGAGUUUGAUGAAGCAGUCAUGGAGAAACACAGGCUGGAGAACGAGCUGCACAACUGUCAUGAGAGACUCAGGGCUGCCACAGAGACUAUCAAAAGCUUGCGUGAGCAGGAGUUGCUAUGGCAACAGUCAGUAGAGGAGAACUCGUCCAAUGACCUGCUCCUGUCCAACUGUAUCGCAGCAUCUGCCUUCCUGACAUACUGUGGUCCCAUGAGCCUGGAUGGCAGGAACAGUAUGUAUGAGUUCUUCCUACAUGUGUGUGAGCACUACGGCCUGCCCAUUCCCAACAAGAUGCUGUACAGGGACAUCCCACUUGUCAACUUCCUCUACACUGAUGUCCAAAUCAAGCAGCUGGAACUGCAGGGCCUGCCCACCAACCCUGUGGCGUUGGACUCGUCUUGUUUUGUGACGGAGACCCUGAGUAACAACUCCUGGGUGCUGCUGUGUGACCCCACCAGUCGAGCCAUCCCCUGGCUCAUCGACUAUCUGAAGGAUGGAUUCAUCAUUGCUAAAUACCAUGACCUGAAGUCCCAGUUAGAGACCUGCCUGACGGAGGGCCUGUUCCUCAUCCUGACUGACAUUGACCUUCAUCUGCUGGCCAAGGACAACCGCUUCAACCACGUGUUCCGCAGGCGCAUGUCCUUCCUGACUGGAAAGGCUCCCUUCAAAAUCAUUGUUGGUAGCCAUGAGGUGGAGUGCCGCCCCGGGUUCAGACUGUACAUGCACACCACCUGCAUGCCUCAUGAGGUGCCAGACGAGGUUGCCGCCUACACCAGCAUGGUCAACUUCUUCCAGGACCGGUCAGGCAUCGAGGCCGAGCUGCUGGACAGGUUCAUACGGCUGGAGAAGACCAGGGUCCAGGACGAGAGGACAAACCUGGCUCAGGAGAAGAUAGCUAACAUGGAGAGGUUGGCCCUGCUGGAAGACCAGAUGUUAAACCUCCUGGCCAGUGACACACGGCUACUCAACAACCUGGCUGUCACCAAGAAACUGGCAGACAUGAAGAAACAGUUUGAUGAGACUCAAGACUCGCAGCAGAAGAUUGAGGUAUCAGAAGCUGCGAUCAGGAGGAACUGUGAACAGUUCCGUACCAUCGCCACUAGAGCUGCUGUCCUGUUCGAUGCCUCCCGACACAUGAGGGAGGUCAACUCCUGCUACCAGAUCAGCUUCGACCAGUUCCUCGCUGUGUUCGAUGCUGCCAUCAAGCAUUCUGAAAGAGCCUCAACAGACACUGUGGUUGACCGGCUGACCUACUCUGCCUACAUGACCACAGCACGCUCCCUGUUUGAGAGGGACAAGCUUCUGUUUGCACUGCUGGUGUCCAUGGAGCUUGAGGACUCAGAAGGCAGACUGGGGCCAGGUGAGAGGGAGUUCAUCAUCUCUCCGACCUUCGCUUCAACUGUCAUGUCGACCAUGGGGUACGGUGUUGGCUCUGAUGCCCGCGCUAAUGCCAGGAAGCCAUUUGAUUGGAUGCUGGACGACCAAUACCAUAACCUUCAAGUCCUGGCAGUAUACUACCAGUGGUUUCAAGACGCCUUUGACAAACUACCAAAAGACGGCCGUGAGAUGCCGUGGAGGACACUCUGUGAGAACGACAAGCCAGAACUGGCCGCCCUGCCAGACAAGAUGGAUGACUACUACACACCCAUGCAGCGCUACUGUGUCAUUCGGGCCCUAAGAAGCGACCGCAUCAUGCAUGCCAGCUCCAACUUUGUGUCCAAGGUUUUGGGUAAAAAGUAUUCAGGGGAGAUCCCACUGGACCUGCCAGGUGUGCUGAGACAGUCCACCCCGCAGACUCCCAUCAUCCUCCUGUACACCUCGGAGAGUGACCUGGCGGAGACGUUGUUCACGGAGUUCGCCGCCAAGAAGCAGGAGGCGUGUCAGGUGGUGUACCUGAGCAGCGGCAGUCCGCAGGAGGAGAGGAGGGUCCGCAGGGCCAUGGCAAAGGCUGCAGAAGAGGGUCAUUGGCUGCUGUUGCACAAUGCCCACAAUGCCCUGCACUUCCUGCAAACCCUGGACACCACCUUGCAGGAGAAGAAGCUGCCCUCUGACUCCAACUUCCGCCUGUGGGUGUCGGCCCAGCCCCACCCUAAACUCCCCAUCCACCUGCUGCAACAUGCCAUCAAAGUGGUGGUGGACACUCCCAUGAUGAUGAGGGACCACAUGGUGAGGUCCAUGCAGUGGAUCGAGCCAGAGACUCUGAAGACCAGCACACGCCCUGAGUGGCCUGCCGUCCUACAUAACCUGUUCAUGGUGCACGGAGCUCUGCGCCUCAGGGCCAGGUUUGGCAGGGGAGGUUGGAACAGGCCAGGGGACAUGAUCUUUGGCAACAAUGAACUUCAGGAGGGCCUGAGGCUGGUGUUAGAUGAGUUCAGUGACACCACUUCUACUGACAUGCCUGGUACACCUGGGAAAGGCAUCGCAUGGACUGCACUCAGAUACAUGCUGACAGAGGUAAUCUACGGCAGCUAUGUGAGUGAUGAGUAUGACCAGCAGACCCUGUCAGCCAUGGUGGACUACUGGAUGGGACCCAACGCAAUGAAGAAGGAGUUUGAAGUCCCCAGAUUGAAACACAAGAUCCCUGCUGCCUUCUUUGCCAACUACAUCCGGUACAACUCCCUGGUGCAGGCUCUGGAACAGAUCCCCAACUUCUUCCUGGACGUGCCUGAAGCCUGCAACAUGCACUCAUUCACUGAGACCCUACUGGGGGAUGACCAGUAUAUCUUCACCAGACUCAACAGUGUGUAUGACAUCAUGCCAUCCUCCCCCACCCUCAGUCAUGUGGUAUCUCCCAGACCCCCCACUCCAUAUGCAGGUCCCCCCCUGACGACCAUCAGUGCGACCAGUAGCCUCCCCCUGGUGGUGAAUCGGGGGGUGUUUGCCACCCAGACUUACGCUGCACUGAAGAACAGGAAGGAGCAGGAGCUGUACGAACUCUCCACCACUCUGCUCACUAAAGUACCCAGGGCAUGGGGAAAGGAGUACAUUGCAGACCGUAUCAAGAAACUGGGAGGAGCUACAGCCUUCAACGUGUUCAUCCAAAGAGAGGUAGAAGCACUGAUGAAGCUCAUUGGUGAAGUUCGCAGGUCACUCAAUGCCAUCAAGUCAGCAGCUGACACGGUUGAAGGCCUCCCCCUGGGUGACCAGUUGUCGGAGGAUUACCUGACGGUGGCGGAUGACCUGUACCACUACCGUACGCCCGAGCUGUGGUGUCGUCUGGGCGGGGACGCCGUCCCACCGCCAACAUGGAACCCUGCUCAAUGGCUGACUGACCUCACCAACAGACACGCUCACUUUGAGAAGCUCUUGUCUCAAGGGAGAGAGAAGUUCCCUGCCUACUGGCCAGGAGCGUUUUUCCAGCCCCGUGCCCUGUUUGGCCUGCUCAAGUCUGAGUCAGUCAAGAACUUCACAGACAAGUAUGGAUAUGUGGAGCCUCUCAUGUUCCAGACUGAGAUCACUGCAAGGGACAAGGAUCAUCUGAGAGAUCCCCCCAACGAGGGCAUGUUUGUAUUUGGGCUGUACCUGUGGGGCUGUACGUGGGAGAAGACCACCAGUGAGCUCCUGGACACGCCGCCCAAGUCCGGCCCCUCCACCCUCCCCGUCAUCCACGUCACGUGCGUCCCGCAGUCCGACAAACUCACCGACCCCGUCAAGGCGGCGGAGACGUACCAGUGCCCGUGUUACAUCUCCCGUACCAACUGCAGGGAGCCGGUUCUCACGCUGGACGUGCGUCAUGAUGGCAUCACUGCUACUCGUUGGUCUCUGCGGGGGCUGGCGGGAACGCUCAGACCUUUCUAGCGCCCCCUAUCUGUGGCUUUAUGCUAAUGCAGAGCAACAUGGCAGUUUUGUCAAUAUAACGCACUUCCAGCAUGGGAACGCAAAGAUUUUAAACAUUCUAAAUUUACAUUCAGUAAUAUCAGCCAAACU